ACCAGAGCAGGCCCAGGGUGGAUGCCCCUGCCACCUGGCCGUCAGGGCUCUCCCUGGGACUGGCCACCAGGAGUUCCAGCGUCCAACUUCAUUGAGGGGGCGGACCCAGAGCAUUCCAGCCCCUCCCUGGACCAGGGCCUCAAAUACCCGCCUGAGCCCUGGCACCAGAACUGCUGCCCCACCAAGCGAGGAGUCUGUGUUGUGCCACAGACACACCCCCAGCCUGGAUCUCUGACCUAGAUCCUGAGCCUCGGCUGCUGCCCCAUCCGCAUCCCAGCCGCCCGCUCCGCGCCAUGGGUGGGUUCCGGGCCCUAAUGGCCGCGCUCUGGGCGCUGGGGCCCGCCGGGGCCGCGGCGCUGCGCAUCGGAGCCUUCAACAUCCAGAGCUUUGGCGACAGCAAAGUGUCGGACCCAGCCUGCGGCGGUGUCAUUGCGCAAAUCGUGGCUGGCUAUGACAUCACGCUGGUGCAGGAGGUGCGAGACCCGGACCUGAGCGCCGUGUCCGCGCUCAUGGAGCAGAUCAACAGCGUGUCCAGGCACGAGUACAGCUUCGUGAGCAGCGAGCCCCUGGGUCGGGACCAGUACAAAGAAAUGUACCUGUUCGUCUACAGGAAGGACGCGGUGUCGGUGGUGGACACGUACCAGUACCCGGACCCGGAGGACGCCUUCAGCCGUGAACCUUUCGUGGUCAAGUUCUCCGCCCCCGGCUCGGCUGCCGGCGAGCUCGUGCUGAUCCCGCUGCACGCGGCGCCGCACCAGGCCGUGGCGGAGAUCGACGCUCUCUACGACGUGUACCUGGACGUGAUCGACAAAUGGGGCACCGACGACUUGCUGUUCCUGGGCGACUUCAAUGCGGACUGCAGCUACGUGAGGGCGCAGGACUGGCCGGCAAUCCGCCUGCGCAGUAGCGAGGUCUUCAAGUGGCUCAUCCCGGACAGCGCGGACACCACGGUGGGCAACUCGGACUGCGCCUACGACCGCAUCGUGGUGUGCGGCGCCCGCCUGCGCAGGAGCCUGAAGCCCCAGUCGGCCGCUGUGCACGACUUCCAGGAGGAGUUCGGCCUGGACCAGACUCAGGCCCUUGCCAUCAGUGACCAUUUUCCUGUGGAGGUGACCCUGAAGUCCCACUGAAAACCUUCCAGGCCUGGUCAGGGCACGCCGCCUCCAGACUCGACCUGAGGAGGACUCUGGCCCCCACAGAUCUCCUUCCGGAUGGCUGGCCAAGCCCCAGCAAGCCGUGGGGCAGGGCUGGCUGGACAAGAGGCUGUGGACACAUCACAGGCCCACUCAGCCUGUCUCCCCAUCUGUAAAAUGGGCUACGACAUCUGUCUCCUUCUUGUGAGGAGCACCUACAGGGCGCCGGGCGCGUGGCUGUGCUCAAUAAACGGGAGUGAGCGCUUAGCCAGGA